AGACAACCUAAAAACCUAGCCAUGACUUUCUAUUCUCUAUUCAUCAAUUUCAUCUCAUCUUCCUCGGAAACCACUUGAACCACACUCUCUCUCUCUGUGCUACAUCGUUAUUUUCAGAUCGCUCCGACCCCAAAAAUGGCCUCCCUCAGGCCCCACUCUCGCUACAGCACUUAUGACUCUCGAUCCUCCACUUCUUCCGCUCACUUCUCCGACCCUUCCUCCUCCAUUGAGCUCAACAAGCUCAAAUCGCCUUUGCCUCCUCACUCUUCCUCCCGUGCACUCGUCAAGUCCAAGCCCUCCGAUCUUUCUCGCACCAAAUCCAAGCCUUCCAACCCGGGCUUGGCCACCAUGGUGAAGAAGUUUAUGGAAAAGAAGUCUUCCUCUUCGUCGAAAUCUAAGGCGGUGAACAGGACGGCGCUGGUGAUUCCAUCGGACGCAAUCGCCGAGGACCUAAAGAAGACCGCUAGGAAGGGGGCCAGCUUCACGGGGCUACAUAAGAAACUGUUCGGGAAUGAGAAUGGGAGUGGAAAGGGAGCAACGUCGUUUGAGAAGAAGAAGGAGGUGAAGGCGUUGACGGAGGUGAAGGGAAACACGAGGACUUUGGCGAUGGUGCUGAGGAGCGAGAGAGAGCUACUGUGUCUGAACAAGGAGCAUGAGAUUGAGAUCGCUGAGCUCAAACUCAUGCUUCAGAACAAGAACAGAGAGGUUGAGAAAUUGAAAGAUUUAUGCUUGAAUCAAAGGGAAGAAAUUAAGUCGUUGAAGAGUGCAAUACUAUUCCCAGACGUUAUGAAUUCUCAGCUUCAAGAGCUUUUGGAGAAACAAGGAUCAGAGUUGAAACAAGCGAAGCAACUCAUCCCAACUCUCCACAAGCAGGUCACUUCUCUCACAGGCCAGCUACAAUGUCUCGCUGAGGAUCUCGCCGAGGUGAAGGCAGAUAAACAUUCAGAGCGGGCACGUUUCCAUUGUCAGGGAAGUUCGCCAAGGACACCAAGAUAUAAUAAUGAACAUGCCUCAAAUUCUUUGGAGUUCAGCUCUGGUGAUCCACCAACCCCUCGAAGUCCCGAUGACAUGUUUCUCAAGGAUUUAAAUCCUUGCUUAACACCCUAUUAUGCCUUGUCAAAAUCUAAGGAAUGUGAGGCAAUGGGCUACGAUUCUCCAGAUGAUGAUUUUCUAUCUGAAACCAGCAUGGAGAUUGGUUUUGACUCUCGUAUGAGGAACAUGUCCAAAAGUUCUGAUUGUUGCCAGAAUGUCAACACAGGGAGUGCCAUGGCCCGUGCAGCUCGUAGAUCAGAUGAAAGCAAAUGCACAUAUGGAAAGCAAAUGCACCAUAAACGUUUCUAGACAAUGUCAGUCAUUUGUUUUGUCUCAAGCAUUGAUCUUAUCUCUAGCUCCUGCUGUAUCAGUGUAUGGAACAAACAGUUUUUGUUCACUAUUCAAUAUACCAUAACAUGUCGGGAUAUAACUGGCA